CUGCUCUUCUCUCCCUUCCCCAGUUCUCUUUCAAUAUGUUCGACCAUCCGAUCCCGCGGGUUUUCCAGAACCGCUUCUCCACUCAGUACCGCUGCUUCUCCGUAUCCAUGCUUGCUGGACCUAAUGACAGGUCAGAUGUGGAGAAAGGCGGGAAGAUAAUUAUGCCACCAUCUGCUUUGGAUCAACUCAGCCGACUUAAUAUUACCUACCCAAUGUUGUUUAAGCUGACUAAUAAAAAUUCAGACCGAAUGACGCACUGUGGAGUGCUUGAAUUUGUGGCUGAUGAGGGCAUAUGUUACCUUCCACACUGGAUGAUGCAAAACUUGCUGCUGGAAGAGGGAGGCCUGGUACAAGUGGAGAGUGUUAAUCUUCAAGUUGCUACUUACUCAAAAUUUCAGCCACAGAGUCCAGAUUUUCUUGAUAUCACCAAUCCCAAAGCUGUAUUAGAAAACGCUUUGAGAAACUUUGCUUGUCUAACUACUGGAGACGUUAUUGCCAUCAACUACAAUGAAAAGAUCUAUGAGCUUCGGGUAAUGGAAACCAAACCAGAUAAGGCUGUGUCCAUCAUAGAAUGUGAUAUGAAUGUGGAUUUUGAUGCUCCUUUGGGCUAUAAAGAGCCAGAAAGAAAUGCACAACAUGAAGAGACCACAGAUGUUGAAGCAGACCACAGUGGAUAUGUGAGUGACCUAGGAUUUCGUGCAUUCUCUGGUUCUGGGAACAGAUUGGAUGGCAAGAAGAAAGGUGUUGAGCCAAGCCCAUCUCCAAUUAAACCAGGAGAYAUUCGAAGAGGAAUACCCAAUUAUGACUUCAAGAUUGGUAGAAUCACAUUUAUUAGAAACUCACGUCCGUUAGUGAAGAAAGUUGAAGAGGAUGAAUCUGGAAGCCGGUUUAUUGCCUUUUCAGGAGAAGGCCAGUCCCUGCGCAAAAAGGGAAGAAAACCAUAACUUGUGGAACCUUCAGUCAGUUAGGAGGAGAAUAAAUAACAAUUGCAGCAUAUUGGACCUUAGUUUUUGCAGUUGAGAGAACAUUUUGCAACACAGGAGCACUUUACUGAUUUUGGUUUCUUGUUUAAAAAUGGAGCUUAAGACUGUCUUAACUUUCAGCUGGGAAUUAAGUUGUAGGAAUUUUGAAGCAGUGUUGUUUUUGUAUGUUUUGGAAAGAGGUGGAGUUUCUCUGAUGUAAAGCUGGGAAGCAAAACCGGUGAAUUCUGCCUUACUAAAGGUCCAGUCCUUAGACUACAUCCUACCCUAUAAAGCCCGUGUGACGAUG